AUGACCAAGAUCAACGCUGAGCUGACCAUGCUCGACCCAUCCCAUCUCUUCAACGGCCGGCUGGUCCCAGUCCGACGUUGUCCCACCCCCGACCUCAUGCCGUCGGACUUUCGAACCGUCCCGAUCUCUUGUUUCUCCCCCUUGGCGUUGUCCCACCGUGAAAACUCGCUCGACCUUUGUGGCCUUGGUCAUAUAUGCAUCCAUUACCUUUCUCCCAGACACCAGACACUGUUGAUCACCGUUUCGGACGAUGCAGUUGUUCGUCACAUGGGUUUUUCCACCGCUGUCACUUGUUCCGCCGCUUGCGCCAUUCCGGUGCUCUUCUGA